CGAAACGUAAAAGCCUAGAGAUAAGGAUCGGGUCUAUCCGACUGUUGCUGUCGUUGUGUCUGUGGAGUAGUUUCUGUUAAAGCCUGAUGGACUGGUCAUCCUUCGAGCACCAUUUUAAUGGAGAAAUGGCUUAAAGCACACUGUAGCUGUGGAGUUUGUGCUUCUUUGACGGAUGAACAAUACUGAAUCUGACACCGAGCUCCAGUUACAGUACAGUCCUGUACGCGUAUAGAAAUGUAUUCACUGCGCUUUGUUUUGAUCCUAUUAUUUCACGUAUGUCGGAGUCUUCCUGUCGAUGCAGAUACCAUCGUACUUAAGAUCCAGCAGUGGAGGGGGGCAGGAAGUCAGCAGGUUGAAGAGCAAGUCCUUCUCAAUGGAAUUCCUUUAAUGGGCAAAAGCCCAGAAUUCAAUGCAGUUAUCAAAGCCGUAUUAGAUGACACACUCCUAACAUCUCUUAUCAGUUUCAACCAGACCUCUUCAAUAAGUAACCAGACCAUUCUUCGUUCUCGAGAAUGCACGUGGGAAGGGUCUAAGCUGCGCUGGGCUGAUCGUGUAUUUGCUGACAGCCAGUUGUACCUGACUCUCAACCACAAUGACAUUUGGACAGCCCACGUACAGGAGGCGGUGGCCAUCAAAGUGGUUUGGGACCAGGAAGUGCAGCAAACAAGAGCAGAGAGACUCGAUCUGCAGGAGGGAUGCGUCAAGCUGAUGAAGCAUUUGAACCCUUCUGAGAAACAGUCAGUUCCAGGAAUUCUUCACCUUCAUCUUCUGAUCCCAAUCCUGGCGCUCAUUGUGUUUGGUGUACUAACUAUGGUCAGCUUCGUUAUCUACAAAAUAAAAGGUUUCAGGCACCCUGGAGGUGUCAUUGGCUCAAUUGUCCAUUACCACCGAGACAUGAAUGAAAUGACUGAAAAGGACCGGGAAAUUGUGUAGAAGUCUUCUGUUACGAUAUCUCACAACUGCAAUAAUACUAAAGAAAUCUGAUGAUAUUUCCAACAUAUUUUUGUAUGAAAAGUGAUAGCGUAGCUCCAUGAAUGUCAGCAGGCCUUUGCUGCUAUACUAACAGUGGUCUUUAAUUCAAACUUUAGAUACCUUUCCUGCCUGCAGUGAAACAUAAGCUUUUGUUUUUUGCUUAAAAAUUGCACAGUACUCCUUUUUAUGCACAUAGACUAUUUAAACGUUAUAUUGUUUUGCUACUGAGAGACUGAUCAAAAUGUCAAAUGCUGGAUGUUUUGAACCAAAAAUGUGACUGCAGUGUGUUUACUUGAAAAGCUUCCAGUGUAGUUCUCUUUAUACCAAACACUGUUGGGAUUCCUUGGCCAUGAGAUUGUUUAAGUAAAUUACUUUUUUAUUUCCUGCUGCCUUAUUUAGUUUUUUUUUUUUUUUCUGUUGGCAGGAAUAAAAGUGGAAUAAAAGUGGGUCUGAAAACCCACUUUUAUUUUUUGGCUUUUAAAUCAGAAUGAGUUUGUAUUAUUAUUAUUUAUCUUAUUUCUCAGUCAAAUCGUCUAAUUUUAUGAUUCUUUUUCUUAACUCUUAUCAUGUCUUCCUAUAUUUUUAUUUCUUUUAAUUAUCUUAAUUGUACAGCACCUUGGUCAACGGUUGUUGUUUUAAAUGUGCUAUAUAAAUAAAUUUGACUUUGACUUUGGCAUGUCAGGUGUAAGAGGAGAGCAGAAUCAAAGAAUAAUCUGGAAUUCACAUUAACCUUUGAUGGUAAGAGUUAUCACUUUAUUUAAAGUAAAUCCUGAUCAUGUAAAUCAGGGGAUCCAACUCCAGUCCUCAAAAGCCAGUGUCCUGCAUGUUUUAGAUGUGUCCUUGAUCCAACACAGCUGAUUUAAAUGGCUAAAUUACCUCCUUAACAUGUCUUGUAGUUCUCCAGAGGCCUGUUAAUGAACUAAUCAUUUGAUUCAGGUGUGAUGACCCAAAGGUGAGAUCUAAAACUGCAGAGUUGGACAUCAACAAUGCAAGCAAGAAAAUGACUUGAAAUCUAAAUGAGAGUGCGUAAUAAAUAAAAAAUAUUUUAUCUGUUCAAUAAUAAAGAUGUUUGUAUGGGGUGCUUCCUUUAAGCUGUGGUCCAGACCUGUGAACAGGUGUGUCAAGGUGACUGAAAACAAAGUGUAAACAUUAAAGAGCAAAGAUACCACAUUU